AUUAACGCGGAGGCGGAACCUCGCGACGACGAGAAAGCACAGAAGCGAAGGGAGAUUGGGCGGUGAGAUCAGACGGAGCCGCCGACUUAGAUUUUCCAUCGGCAGACGACAGAGGGCUACUUUAUAAACUGAAAUGAAGAAUGCAAAAGCCACUGUCGAUCAUCUCGAACAAGCGGAUUCCUCUUCUUCAGAAGAGGAGGAGGAGAUAGAGCGUGAGCUUGCAGAUGUUACAUUUGAAGAAUUACAGAAAGCUCGCUCCGAUGGGUCACACUCCGUGUACCGAAUGCCAAAAUCUGAGAAGAAGGGUGGGCGGCCGAACAAGAAUAGACCAAUGGAGGUUAGCAGCAAGAAGCCAGUUAGUAGAUUUAGAGAGACAAUUCAAGUUCCUAAAAGGGUAGUACGUGACCCCCGUUUUGAAUCUUUAUGUGGCACACUUGAUGCAGAUGGGUUCAGGAAGAGGUAUAACUUUUUAUAUGAGACUGAACUUCCUGCUGAAAGAGAGGGGCUAAAGAAGGAGUUAAAGAAGGCAAAUGACCCAAAAGUCAUUGAAGAAUUAAAGAAUCAGAUUUCUUGGAUUGACAAACAACUGAAGUCUGGGUCAGUAAAACACACUGACUCCAAAAUUCUGGCUGAACACAAGAAGAAAGAGAGAGAAGCUACAAAGCAAGGGAAACGGCCAUUUUAUAUCAAGAAAUCUGAAAUCCGGAAGCAAAGGAAUAUUGAAAAAUAUAACAGUCUCAAGGCUUCUGGCAAGCUCGAAUCCUUCAUUGAGAAAAGAAGAAGAAGGAAUGCUUCAAAGGACCAUAGAUACAUGCCGUAUCGUCGAUCAGGUAACAUUGAAUAACAAAACUGACGGUUUCUCCUGUGUUUUUGGAGAGCUGCAUGUUUCUUGUUUUUCCAUCUUUAGUUAAGGUGGGAAAGAUGGUAGUGGGAAAAAUAUUUCAGCGUGAGCAGGGAGCUGAUUUUCAUUGCUUUAUGGCAUCUCCCUCCGUGGAGUUGUAGGUCUAACAGUUGCGCUGUGUCUGUCACGGGAAGAGAAACAAAAGGAACUAUGUAUUCCCUCAAAUUUUGCUUUGAAUUUCUUGUCAGUCUCCAAUUCAAUAUACAUGAUUGGUUGUACCCUAUCUUAUCAUAUUGAGAUAUCUUUUUUCUCCUUUCA